AUGCCUGAAAGUUUAUUUUAUAUUAUACUAAGAGGAACAGUAAGUGUAAAUAUUGAUGUUAAAAGUAUUAUUUAAUAAGAAACUAAAAACGGAAUAGUAGAGUAAGAAAUUAUUGAAAAUGUAAAAAUAAGGGAAUUAAAUAAAGGAGAAAGUUUCGGAGAAUUGGCAUUGAUAGAUAAAAAUCCAAGAAGUGCAAAUAUAGUUUGUUUAAAAGACUGUGAUUUUAUUACUUUAGAUAAAAAUUCAUUUAAUAAAAUAUUAAAAUCUUAUUAAAUUACAAAGUUAAAUGAAGAACUUACUAUUCUAAAAAAAAGUCCUUUAUUUUAAUUCUUUUAAUUGAAUACUUUAAAAUAAAUAUUUUUAUUAUUUUAAGUAAAUAAUUAUGUUAAAGACGAAUACGUAAUUCAAGAAGGAUAAAUAAGUGAUAAAAUAUAUUUUAUAAAAAAUGGAGAAUUUAGGAUUACUAAAUCUGUAUUAAUUAAAAUAGAAGAUGAAGAAUAGUGUUUUCUUAACAAAAAUGCUAAAUAAACAAAAAUUUAAAUGUUAAAAAUUGGUAUUUUAGGCGCUUUUUAGACAUUUGGAGAAGAAGAAUUUUUUACAAAUGAUAAAAGAUAAUUUAGAAGAUAAAACAGCAGGAACAUGGAAUUCUUUUAUGGAAGCCAAAAUAAAAAAUAUAAAGCCAACAGUUGA